ACCAUCAAACAGAUAUUACUAUAUUGCCAUCAUCGCCUAGUAUGCAUCUGAAGUAUGACACUGUAAGUGGUGAAAUGACUUCUGAAUCACAAUUUAUGUACUUUCAUUUUGGGAGUGGAUUUCCAAUGCCGAGUCAUCUCAUAAUGAAAGGGGUAGAUAAAAUCGAGAUAUCUGUGAAACGCCCGAGUCAAGUAGCUUACAAUUAUUAUAGAGUUAAAGAGUACUCUCCAGCAAUCAAAUCGAAUACAUUCACAGUUAUUGGCGAUGGUCUGAACUCGACAUAUUGUGAGGAUUUAUUUUUGAAAUUAACAGGGAGAAAAAUCGGGCAUUUUGGGAAGUAUGAUGGGAGUGUAUUUGAUCCGAUUCAUAUGACUCUUCUUAACACAACUCUGAAUUCCUCUAUACAAGAAAACUCUUUCUAUCAUAUAGAAGUUGAAGGUGAACCUUCCUUUGACGAGACGUAUAACAUCACCGAGAGUUUUGUCUCGAUGAACAGAACGUACUUACACGGUCAAAGUAAAAUUGAAGAACUCUUCAAUUAUAUGAUGACACAACUCCAAUAUGCUCAACGUGAAUGGGGGAUCACAAAUAACACUUUUGAAACAACUCAUGUCGAGACGAUCUUGAGUUUUGACUUUCAAUCGAAAGUGCUGAACUAUUCGGAAGUCUCUGAAAUGUAUACCGACAAAAUCAAAUUGAACACUCCAAAGAAAAAUGAAGACCAUGAAAGACUUUUAACAUUUUUAACGUCUUGUGGCACUGAUGUACAAACAAAAGAAGAAGUCUGUAAGUUCACACGACUCAGAAAAACAGACCAAAACGGACAAAUCUUGUCGACCCCUCAUGUUGUGAGGAAGUACCCAAAAGGGUCACUGUUACAACAAAUAGUUCCACCUAUUAAUAACUCUUUUAUUAAUUAUACUAUUGACGUACAACCCGUGUUCAUGAACGCGUCAUGCCAACACUGCGAUAUUUAUUAUGUCUACAGUUUCCCUGAUGUCACAUACUUCACUGAAAAUGAUAUCAAAAGAAUGGAAAGAGCACGAACAGGGUUUGUAGGCAAGAUGAAUGGAACGCAUCGAUUUGUAAUGUUCAAAAGAAGUCAAGUGGGGAUCAUCGGGACCUUCAAAAUCCAUUUCCACGUCACACCGCAGGCGAAGGAAAGUGUCUUCACAAUUGGAAUUCCUUUCAUCUUCCAGAAGUGCCCAGUCAAGUGUAGCGAACACUUUCUUCUUAAUCAUUUGUGGGAAUAUAACAAGAACGCAACAAGGAAGUUCGACUUGAUAGAAACAUCAACGAUUAACUCGUUAUUGUAUGGAUGCUCGGACUCAUCUAUUGACCAAAUCUAUGACCCAUUCUGUAACAAACAAGUGUUACUGAGUAAAACACCAACUAUCAUCGGAUGGUGGGAUCAAGUGAUGCAAUACAAAACACUUUUAAUUAUUUACACAACAACAAUUGUGGGAAUCGCAGUGCUUGUUGUCGCUUUCUUAGUAAAGUAA